AUGUUAGAAGAGGCAGAUUAUAUGCUUUUCGAAUUCGGCAUGCGCCAUCUUAUUCUUCUUCUUUUUUUCGCUGUUUUGAUAACAGGUGACGUAAUUUAUUAAUUUUUUAAAAUGUUUGAAAUUAUUUUUGAAAAUUCAUUUCAGAGUCUCGAAAUUUUGAGAAGAAAAUUUGGAAGAAACGAACUAUCACUUGGAAAUUCGAUGAUCCUUUUGAAUUAUUGUCUCAAAGGCAGAAAAAUAUUGUGAGGUAAGUGACCUAUGACGUGGCACUUGAGCCAAAUUUUUUCAGCGAAUUAGCUGAAAACGCUUUCGAUGAGUGGAAAUAUGCUUUGGAAGGUCUAUUAAAAAUCAAAAAAUUGGAGGAAAAUUCAAAAAUUCCAGCUGAUAUUAAUAUCAAUUUUGCCAAGAAAAAUCAUUCGUGUAUUGAGGUGAGGGAAUAUUUUUGAGACAUCAAAAUCUUUGAAAUUUUUCACAAAAUUAAAACUCUAAACCCACCUUUUCUCGUUGUUUAUUGAUGGUUUUGAACGGCUCCGUUUUGUGGGUUUUUGUUGUAAACUGCGCUUGUCCAAUCUGAAAAUAACUUAAUUAAUUAAUUAAUCAAUUUCUAGUCAUUUGAUGGUCGUGGCGGUGUUGUUGCUCAUUCAACAUAUCCAACAAAUGGUAUUUUACAUUUGGAUGCUGAUGAAUUAUGGCAUACUGGAGAUCAGACAAAAGGCGAAGUGGAUUUGAGAUAUGUGGGUUUUUUUUUUCUGAAUUUUGAAAAGGCUCCCAGAAUCGUGUUUUCAAAAUUGAUACAAUUCUCAAUUUUCAAGCUUCUAACCUAUUCUUGACUUACAGUAAAUUCAGAUCCAACAAUUUUCAGUCAAUUUCUUUUCUCAUGAUUUCACAAAAUGAAUAAGAUAAAUUUUUUUAAACGUGGUUUUUUUGGAAAAAUCAUAAAGUUCACGUCUCAAAAAUAACCUGAUUAAAAACAUUUUUUAAAAAUUUUUUUUGAGAUUACUUAUUUCAAGGGUCUGAAAAACCUCUUCUAAAAAUAAAUUUAUUGAUUUUUUUCAGAGAAAAAUAAAAUUUUCAGUAUUUUCUCACAAAUUUCAAUUUGCAGGUUCUAAUCCACGAAAUCGGUCACGUUUUGGGUCUUCGACAUUCUCGUCGCAAAAAUUCGGUGAUGCGUCGGAAUUAUCGAAAAUCCACCAAAUCAUUCAAAUUAUCAAAAUACGAUGUACGAGCAAUUAGAAAGCUUUACACUUUUAAUUAA